GCCUUGCGGUUUUUAUGAUGUAAAAGAAUUUCGCACCGACAUAUUGAGCGAACAAGAAAGUGUGCGCCUGGCAAAUUUUGUUUAUGAAUACUUUCAAACUUUAAUCGUUUCAUUAGCUUAUAACUGAGUAAAUGUAUCUAUAAACUCAAAUCGCACAUAAUGUACCACCAAACAUCUCUGCCUGGUACCAGCUACCAGCCUUACAGCACUUCAGUUCCAUCACAUUUUGUGUUCCAAGAGCCAUAUGUACAACGUCAAGUACCCCAGCGAUUAAUUGCACAACAAUAUCCAACAUAUGUUUCAGGAAUGCCUAGAGUACAUCAGUGGAACAACCAGCCAAGUGUCAAUUACCCCACUCCAGUUGUGUACCCACAAACGUCAGGGUUCCCAUCACAGUCUAACAGAAAGUCUGCAUUUAUCUCACACCAGAGAGAUGGCCCUAAUCCUCUUGUUCACACGCCAGGAAAACGAUCACAUGACAGAAUAUCUUCUAGUACAGUAAAAAUUACAGAUGAACCAACAUUAAAGAAGAAAAGAACAGAAAGAUUGCCACCAUCAAUAAAAAACGACCUGAAUGGCACGAUAACAUCUGAGAUAUGGCGAUACUUUGAACAGUACAAACAGUCAGAUGAGAAUUAUGAACACAAGGUGGAUCUGAGGAACGCUUUGUAUGCAGUCUUCAAGGAAAUAUUCCCAUUCUGUGGGCUGUACAUGGUGGGAUCCUCCAUGAGUGGGUUUGCCACAAAGACCAGCGAUAUGGACCUGUGUCUCAUGGUCAGCAAUCAACAGAUUGAUGGUAAGAGGGAAGCAGUGGAAAUCCUGAUGGCAAUACAGACAGCGUUGAGACGAUCAAAGUUUGUACGCAAGGCACAGGUGAUAAGAGCUAGAGUACCCAUUCUCAAGUUCGAAGAUUAUUUACAUGGCAUAGAGUGUGAUCUCAACAUCAACAAUUCCGUUGGAAUCAGAAACACACACUUACUGCGAUACUACGCAGCCAUGGACUGGAGGGUGCGUCCUCUGAUACUGUAUGCGAAGAAGUGGGCACGGUUUCAUGACAUCAAUGACGCCUCCAAGAAGACCAUCUCCAGCUACUCUCUCUGCCUCAUGCUGAUCAACUAUCUCCAGUCAGGUUGUGAACCGCCGGUGGUGGAGUCUGUGCAGAAACUGUAUCCAGACCUUUUUGAAUAUGGGGACGACAUUCGGAACCUUCAGAUGAAUGUGAAGAUUGAAUUCAAGAGCAAGAACUCUGAAAGUUUAGGGGAUUUGUUCCUUGGUUUCCUCAAAUACUACAGUACAGAGUUUGAUUUUGAUCUUGAUGUGGCCAGUGUGCGGCAGGGUUGUAGGCUGCCAAUCCACCUAGCCAAGACCUGGACGCCAUCAACUGAACUCUCCAUGUGGAAGUGCCUCAAAGUGGAAGAGCCAUUUGACAGAAGCAAUACGGCGCGAUCAUGUUUCGAUGAGGCGACAUUUGCGCGAGUGAUGAGGGUGUUUGGUCGAAGCUUUCGGGCACUGAGCACAAAAAGAGAUCCUAUCGUCUUGUUUAACGAACCAUUCUGAUGCCUGUGCACUGUGAUAAUUAGUGACCUGCUUUGGAUACCCGCUAUGUGGCGACCAAAAUUGCAAUACUGAAUAAAUUGGUCAGCAUAGCAUUACAUGAAUAUGUAUGAACUAUGAAAGCUGACUUUGUUCGUUUGUUCUUUUGUUAUUUUCAUGAAGUGAGUAAAAGUGUUUAAAAAGAUGGGGAAAAAAAACAACUUGUGAGGAUUCAGGAAGACUGUAACAAUCAUAUUGCAGACAUAAAUUGCAUAGUUUUUGUUCAUUUAGGUAAUUUUUGCUGAUAUAUUUUGGAUGGUAUGGGUUGAUGCCAAGGAAAAAGUAUCAAGUUGAAGUGUUUUUUGUUCUUCUUUUAGUGAAAAUAACACACAUGUAUAAUAUUUUGUACAGGUUUUUAAAAAAAAUGUGCAGGCCUAUGCCAAGCAAACAUGUGUACAAUGCUUUCAAAUUUGUAAAUAUUUAACAAAUAACAUUGUUAAUACUUUGAAAUAAAUAUUAUUUAAUUA